AUGGCUCUGAACUGCACCAAACCCUCCUCCAUCUCUCGUUUUACUGUAGCCGCUUCCUCGUUCCCUCCAUCCCACAUCACGCACAAAACCCUAGGAGCUGUUCGCUCCAUCACCUCAAUACGGCGGGACCUAGAGGAUUACCGCUACGAUCCUUCUGACAGGCUUGAAUCGUCUGGCAGAUUUGAGUUGACAUCGCCGCAGCUAGAUUCUCCAGACGAACAUGGAAUUGCUGCGUACGAUUCAUUUGAGUGUUCCGGCGGGGCAUCCGAGAAGCUGCUUCCGCCUCUACAGGGAUCGCAUGAGGCUGUUCUGCCCGACCGUGUACCACAAAUGAUGGUCGACAUUCAGGACUUUUGUUGGGUUAACGAGGAUUACUGUGUUAGAGUAUACGUUCCUUUCCCAGGAGUCCACGCCCUUCCCCCUUCGUACAUAACGUCUUCAUUCACUAAGAGCUCCUUCUUCUUGUUGAUAAGGGGCCUUCCCGAUGGUGUAUGCUACCGACUUGCACUAGACAGUCUUUACGGGGAGAUUGAUCCGAACCUCUGUUGUCACAAUGUGCACAAGGAUAAGCUUGAGAUUACUUUAUCAAAAGUCACAUCAGGCCCCUCCGAUGGACCUGAUACUGACAUCUUCACAUGGUUUAGCCUUAGAUUAUAA